AUGACAAGAUCAUUCCUGCAAGACUUGCUGAUACAUUCACCCCCUUACUCUCACCCAUCCGCUGCGCCCAAGCCAGUUCGCGAUUUGGCACCCCCCCUGUCACAAACGCUGAAUUUUGGCGACGACAUAGAAGCUAGACUAGCCUCAUCCCCUUUGACAACUUCGAAACCUUAUCACCGCAGGCCGGCUGCUCGAUUCUUCGCCAUUGUUUUUUUUUUGCUUUUUUGGAGAGGAUGUAUGCACGUUAUGUUCAAGUAUCCCACCCCCAAGCUGGCGGCCACACCCUUCUUCUCUCAUCCCAUCACUAUGUACCCCGCGGAUACAACAUAGAAAAAAGCCUCGGCGUGAAGCGCAUACAUACAACAUCAAUGGUUUCCAUGAAUGCCCUCAGAGACUUGGAACGCAAGUGACCGAUGGUCAUUGUAUACUCACGUUCUGCAGCUAAUAAAGUACUCCGGGAUAGCUGACUCACCCGCGCCGAAAGGCUGGUGUGGUUGACGUAGAACCAAACUGCUCAACUUCUGUCUCAUGUACUAUAGUCUAUACAUACUGCCUCGACUGGUAUGUUUUCGAAUGACAUCAUGGCUAUCCCAAUCACAUGAUCCCUCACUAUAAAUAAUACUAUUGGAG